AUGCGAGAAUCUGAACCUCAUGGACAAUUUCGAAUCCUGGGAGGCGAUUCGUUGUGUGUGCAAAGAGUGGGUUUUGUGCAGGGUAGAGGAGGUUGUGAUUUCUGGGUUUGGUAUGAUGUGGAAAUGUGUGAAAGGUCUAAAGUUGUGAUUCCGGUGUUGCUAAAAAAGCGGGAUAAGUUGGAGAAUUCACUAGCAAAGGCUAGACGUAGAAAGAAGGUUCUUUGGGCAGUAUUAGUGGUGUCGUGGAUGCUUAUUGCAAUGUUUUUCUUUGGAGGGAAUGGUGGGUCAGAUGGACUGAAGCUGAAGACUUUGAAAUUGGCAUGA